AUGUUUACGGCGGCUCGGCGUUGCGUUUCUAACGCCCUGUCUGGUGUGUCAAUUUGUGGUUGUAAUCGAUAUAACCCUAAUAUAGUUGCUGGCUGUUAUAUUAGAAAGCUAACUAGAACAGCCAAUAGUAGCGGUGGUGGCUUUAAAGCUGCUGUCACUACAGCUCUUCUAUUCAUCAUGGGUGCCCUAUACUGUCUAUAUGGUACUGGUGGCAGUACAGGUGGUACAGUGAUGCCUGUUGCAUAUAGCCAACAAUCAUUAGGAAACAGUGAUUUGAUGAUCGGAGUGCAACCAGAUGCAACUGCGGACAUAGCAACGAUGACUGGCGGAAACGCACGCACAAACCUUGAUUGUGGUAGUAUUAACAGUAAGAAGCGGCGGAGAAAACAGCUUAAGAUAAAACCUAGUGGUGUGGUGACGGCAGCUGAUAUGUACGAACCUGGAUUCCGGAUACGGAAUGCAGGCCUCUGUUCCACUAGCACUCGGUUAUUAGUGCUGAUCACUUCAGCAGCGGCACCAGAGCACUCUCAAAACCGACAAGCCAUUCGUAUGACAUGGAUGAACCGAUAUGGUCCGAGUGUGAGCAUGGCAUUCCUAGUAGGUACGCCACAAAUGUCUGAGACAGACCCAGUGGCUCGAGUUCUGGAGGCAGAAGAACAAGCUCUAAAGAUCCGUUUAAAUAAGCAUGAUAUCAAUAAUAACAUCAAACCAAAGGAAAAAGUCAAAUUCAAGCCUUCAGCAGCGGCCAAUGUGGUUGUAGAACCACUGGAUGGGGAUCAUGGGCAGUACCGAAUUUUGAAAGGCCAAGAACCAAAUCCUGGAGAAGGCUUAGAUGCACAUGCUAUGCAUGGACUGAAUGAAGCAGAACGUGCGGUGCAACGAGUAUUAGGGCGAGAAUAUGGUCGGUAUGGUGACUUGGUACAGUGCCAGUCUCGAGACACUUACACCAACUUGACCCUGAAAUCUAUCGCUGCUCUCGAAUGGACCCGUCAAUAUUGUCCGUGGGCUCGGUACCUAUUAAAAACAGACGAUGACAUGUUCAUCGACGUACGUAGAUUACUGCGGUUCAUCAACAAAGUGGAGACUGAAAGUGCUACAGAAUCUACUGGCCUUUAUCCUCGCCCCAUUGAACCCAUACAUGACCCAUACGAAUUAUUCACCAUAGGUGCGGAUAUGUUUGAGUCUGUAGCAACUCCUAGUUUUGAUAUUGAACUGCCGCCUACCAUAUGGGGACGGCUAGCACAUGGUUGGCGUCCGAUACGACAACAUAAUAGUAAAUAUUAUGUUUCCCGUACACAAUACACUGCUCGAGUGUAUCCUGAUUUCUGCACGGGACCAGCAUACCUUAUGACUCGGUCGGCUGUUGGCCCACUAUACGAGGCGGCACUGGGCAAAGAUUUUGACGUGGUUGAUGAUGAAGACGAAGAUGGUAAUCAGGAAAACAAAAAAAAUACGAAUGAAGAAGAUUUGGAAGUCAAAACAUAUCUAGGGAAAGAGUGUGGUAAUGGUAAUCAGACGUUAGACGCUGGUGAUGAUAAAGCAACAUCAAGUGUAUAUGUCAGCAAAAAUACCGUGCCAUACUUAAAACUCGAGGAUGUAUACUUGACUGGAGUAGUGGCUGAGCGACUAACGCGCCGUGCAACAGAGCGACAGGCACGCCGGGAGCUUAAGAAAAAAGAAAAGAUCUCUGCAAGUGACGGUGAUUAUAACCAAAAAUCAAGUGAUGGUAAAGUGGUGGAAGACCAUGACCACCUUGAUGGUAGUAAAAAUAAGAAACCAAAGAUGACAGAUAUAAUUGUGAAGGUGCGACGCAUCCAUGAUGAUCAAUUUGCAAACAAGAAAAUCACUGGCCGAGCAUUGGAUCGAGCCGUGUGCAAUGGUCUUAGUCCCAGCGAUACUGCCGGUACUAGUGGGAGCAGUGGUUUUAGUUGGUUCCGAUGGUAUUGGGGUGAUACAGCUUUGGACAAAGAUUUAAAAAAAAAGAAAAAAGAUCAAGGAGUAAUUUCUUUGCACAUGGUCAAGUAUUACGAGCAGUUUGAUUUAUGGCGCCGUCUAAUGGACGGCAGGACUAAGUGUACGUCUUAA